AACAAUAACUCUGUACGGCAAAAUAUUAUACGAACACUUUGCGGUUACCAAAGCAACAGAAAUAAACUAUAUUAGUCGGAAACAUGCCGGUAUUAGUAAAAGAUUAUGAAUGGGAAGAAACCGAAACCAAUGUACUCAUCAAAGUUGCUCUAAAAGGAAUACACAGCAGUAAAGCUGAUGUAUUAACGUCUAGUGAAUAUCUAAAGGUGAACUACCGACCUUUUCUCUUUGAAUGUUUUCUUCAUGAAAAAGUCGACACUGCUGCAAGUUCUGUACAGCUAAAAAAUGGAGAAGUGGUCUUUUUACUGUUAAAGCUAACACCUGGUCUGUGGACUAAAUUGCAGUCUGAUAUAGUGGGUGACAAGGCUGCGAUGAAACUCGUGCGGGACAAAGCAAUAGAGGAAUCACAGAAAGAAGCAGAAGAGGCAAAAAGUAAACGAGCCGAGACAAAAAGACUAAAUGAGAAAUAUUCUUUGAAAAAGAUGAUGAAAAUUGAAGAUGACAUGAGAGAACGGAUUCACAACAUCAAAGAACACGAAAAACAGAAAGCAACUGAAGAAAUCGAGGAAUGGAAAGCCAAUCAAAAAUUAUUAGCUGAACAGGAAAAGGCAAAAUUAAUCAAAGAAAAAAAAGCCUUGAAUAAAAAUACCAAAACUAUUAGCAAAAAGAAAUUACCCGAAAAAACAAAGACGAAAAGUGAUAUAUUUUCUGAUAUUCCAACGAGAGAAAGUGGGAAAAUUGAAGUAAACUUUACUCCAAGAGUUUUUCCUACACCUGUCAGAGAAUCGCAGACACCUCAAGAAGAAGAGUGGUUAAGGAAACAGGCUGAAGCCACUCGGAUAAAGGAAUUUAUGACAAAGGAUCUCACAGAAGAAGAGAAAAACCCUCUCUUUUUGAGGGAUAAAGGAAAUAAAUUCUUCCAAGAUGGGAACUAUUUGGCAGCCAUUAAUAUAUAUACUCAUGCUAUUCAACUUGAUUAUAAAAUGCCAGCUUUAUAUUCUAACCGAGCUGCUUGUCACCUUAAAGUAAAGAAUUAUAUGAAAUGUAUUGAAGACAGUUCAAAGGCUUUGGAUCUACUCCUGCCUCCUGUACCUCAGAAUGCCAGCAGCAGGUGCAGAGCUUUUGUGAGAAGAGGAACAGCGUUCUGUAAACUGGAGCUUUUUGUGGAAGGUUUACAGGACUAUGAAGCUGCCCUGAAAUUAGAUCCCAGCAAUGAACAACUUAUCAAAGACGCUGAAGAGAUACGGAAAGUGAUUCAGAGUUGAAAUGGACAACUCAGUCCAUUUCCUGUUUUAUUGUAAAUUCUUGUGAACCUGUUUUACACUUUAAAUAAAUUUCCAAUAAAAAACAGUUUAUCAACAUUGUGA